CAAUUUGGGAUUUAACCAAGCCGUCGUGUCUUGGGUCGUAUAUUAAAACACUUGGACGCUGAUGUGAAGUCAAAACAGUAACAAGGAUGUCAGAAGGCUUCCUGAUGGAGGUAUGUGUGGAUUCAGUUGAGUCCGCAAUAAACGCAGAAAGGGGAGGUGCUGGCCGUCUUGAGCUGUGCUCCAGUCUUAUUGAAGGUGGCAUCACACCCAGUGUUGGUCUGCUGCAGGUGGUCAAGGAGAACGUGCAGAUCCCUGUGUACGUGAUGAUCCGACCUCGAGGAGGUGACUUCCUCUACUCUGAGCGGGAAGUGGAGGUGUUGAGGAGAGACAUAGAGCUGCUGAAGAGACACGGGGCUGAUGGUUUUGUGCUGGGGGCACUGACCGAGGACGGACGAGUCGACGCUGAGCUCUGCAUGGAGCUCCUGGCUACUUGUAGGCCUCUGCCAGUUACAUUUCAUAGAGCAUUCGAUAUGGUCCAUGAUCCAUCCGUUGCCGUAGAAACCCUGGUUUCCCUUGGCUUCGAGAGGAUUUUGACAAGCGGCUGUGACAGCUCGGCUUUGGAGGGUUUACCCGUCAUCAAACGCCUCGUGGAACAGGCAAAAGACAGAAUAAUUAUAAUGCCAGGUGGAGGCAUCACUGAGCGUAACCUGCAGAGGAUACUCGAAGGCUCUGGUGCCCAGGAGUUCCACUGCUCGGCACGUUCCACUAAAGACUCGGCCAUGAAAUUCAGGAACUCCAGUGUGAGUAUGGGAGCCUCACUCACAGCACCCGAGUAUUCGCUCAAGGUGGCCGAUGUGGGCAAAGUGCGCACUCUCAAUGCCAUUGCCAAGAACACUCUCUAGGGGCACUCAAAAGGGGCUGUGCUCUGUUUAGGAAGCAGGUCCUCCUUGAAGUGGGGCGAGUCCCCAUGUCUAUUGUACUAUUUGGAUUUCCUUAAAAAAAUAAAAUAAUAAAAGCUCUUUUUUUCAGUAAGUCAUCAA